AUGCAUCACAGGAGCUAUGAAAACAUGCCCCACAGCAGCACUGGAGGUCAUAGUUGACCUGGCACCUCUUCACCUGGCAGUAGAGGGAGCUGCUAAAAGGGCCAUGUUCAGAUUAGCAAGGGAUAGAACGAACAGUAGGGACAUUGAUCAGAGAGCCUGGGUAUCUCAAACAAGAUCCAUUCCCCUGUUCGAUCUUCCCAAGGACGAUAUAACUCGGGAAUAUCACUUUGUUAGGAAUUUCAGUACAAAAAUUGACAGCAAAAGUGACUGGGAAAAUGGAUCUGUCGCCCGCUCACUUAAACAGAAUACUAUCAAAUGGUACACAGAUGGUUCUAAAACCGAAAAAGGAACAGGAGCUGGAGUAUUUGGGCCUGGCACCAAAUACUCAGAGCCACUGGGAAAAUACACCAGUGUCUUUCAAGCGGAAAUACACGCUAUAGAAAGAUGCGCUCAAUUAAUCCUGAACAAAGACUACCUCAAGCAGGACAUCGCAAUCUUCACCGACAGUCAAGCAGCCAUAGCAGCACUGAGUUCACAUGUCAUCAGUUCUAAAAUGGUAAGAGACUGUUUGGGCAAACUUAAUGAGGUAGCAAAGAGAAAUAAAGUCACAAUAUUGUGGGUACCUGGACAUACAGGCGUGCAAGGUAACGAAGAAGCCAAUAUUCUGGCAAAAAAAGGAUCUGGUUCUCAAUUUGUAGGACCGGAACCUUUCUGCGGCAUAGGAAAGAAUACUUACCUAUAUGAGCUUACAAAAAUGGAGGAUCAACUCAGAGAAAGCCUCUGGGAUGAUCAUCCAGGGUUGAGACACUCCAAGAUGUUCCUUGGAACCCUCGACCCAAAAAAAUCUAAAGCUCUAGUAAGUUUAACUAAAACUAAACUGCGGAUUGUAACAGGAUUCCUAACAGGGCACUGUCACCUUCGAGAACACCGCAGGAAACUAAAACUAGAACAGACAGGUGAAUGCAGAUUCUGUGGGGAAGAGGAAGAGACCUCAGUAACUACAUGCGAAACAGUUGCCGAAAGUCGUGCCAUGCACCUUGGUAAUUAUGAAAUUCCAGAAGGAAAUAUCUCAUUACUGGAACCGUCACAACUACUAGUCUUUAUUAAAGCCAUAGGAUUGUACGAAGUAAUUUGACUUGAGAAUAACAUCAAGCAGUAAUUAGAAAGGGGCACACAAUAGAUCUUUUAGGUUGCAGUGAAACUUCACCCUUAUUUUAAUCUAAUCUAAUCUAAUCUAAUCUACGUUCCAAUAGAGGUUUUAUCAGGAGUUCAUUCUCUUUGAACCAGUCUGGCUGAUGAUUGCGCGGUAUGGUUCCCAGAAUUGAGCUGCUAAUGUCCAUUAGAUUUUGUUUAACUAAAGCCCAGUGUUCUUCUAGAUCUUGUGGGA